GCCUGCGUGAUGGGGAAAUGCAGCCGAGCUUUUUGAGGUGUAUGAAAUAGGAGGUGGACUCGUCCAGGGCGAAGCAAACUACAUAAAUAAGCACGUAAUAAUGCCAGGGAACUGACCCAACUGCAGGGCAUUGCAACUUCUCCAUAUCAGUCGCACCACGCAAGACCGUGGCCAAACGCUUACUCCCAUCUACAAGCGACGAUGGCGCUCACCAAUAGCUCAUGGACUUUCACGCCGAUAAUCGAGGCGUUCCCUCAGACGGUGCUUCCUAAUGUCGCCUACUGGAACGUCACGGCGAGCGACACGGACCUGGAAUACCAGAUCUCGCUUUCAUGGCCUCUGGACUGGCCAGCGUCGCGCGAGGUAGAGAACAAGACAGCGCUGACCAUGUACGUCCUCGACGGCAACGCCUUGGGCAUGUCGGCAACAGAAGCCUGGAGACGACGAGAUGCGGUGGAAACGAACCAGCCGGAUUACAUCGUGGUUAGCAUCGGCUACCCGGUUACUGACAGCGUCUACGGAUCCCAGCGCAGCAUCGACUUCCAGCCCGUGACGCCGGGCGAGGACCCCCCUGCCGUUCCGGGGGUGCGUGAGGGUGCGGAUGACUUUAUCGAGUUCAUCGAGGGCACGCUGCGGCCCUUUGUGCGAGAGCAAGCGUUCCCACGGGGCGUGGAGUACGGGCGCGAGGCUUUAUACGGCCACUCCUUUGGCGGGCUGUUUGUGGUCUACGCCUUGCUGCGGCGUCCCGACCUUGUCGACACGUUCCUCUCGGCCAGCCCGGCGCUCUUCUGGAAUGACCGCUACAUUCUCAACCACACGGACUGGCUCGACGAUGCCCCCGCGGCGCCCGGGGACGGCCCUGCGUUCAGGCUUGCGUAUGGGGGCCUUGAGCAGAACGCAGUGCGGCGGCGGACGGAGACGGAGGAGGAGUUUGAGGCGAGGGUUGCGCUGCUGGAGAGCUUUGGGCUGCUGCAAAUGGGCGUGGAAUGCGCCGAGCUGAUGGACAAGAUCGGCUCGAGCCAGAGGCUUAGGAACGCUGAGCUCAAGGAGUAUGAUGGGAGUGACCACGCCUCGGUGGGAGCGGUGGCGCUGACGGAUGGGCUGGAUUAUUUCAUCGACUGGUGACUGGUGACUUGUAUCUGAUGUGUGAUGUGACACGGCUCCGUAGCUAAUACCUCUGUCGAGGCUCGUUCAUCAUUCACCCCUUCACAGGUCAAACAGCCAUGUGAGACGACCUGGGUGUAAGUACCUAGGUACCUGGCAACUGGCAGUGGCAGAGUGGCAGGCAGUUCAUCCUACUAGCCUAGUCUCUAACGGGCAACGCGUUGUUGCUUUGCUGGCAGGAGCAGCGGCAGCAGGAGCUCCCAGUGGCCGGGGUCAACACUAACAGUGACUCUGAGGGAAAA